AUGGAGAUAUUUAAAAAAGCAGCGAUUGUACGGCUCCGUAGCCACAACGAGAAAAACGUAAUCGCCGAUGAAGAUCAAGAAUCCGUUCAUCAGGACCGUCGCGGCACAACUAAAAACACCAGAUGGACGGUUGAGAUCAUUCCCGGAUCCAAUGUCAUCCGUCUUCAAAGCUGUUACGGCAAAUACCUUACCGCCACUAAUAUUCAUUUCCUCCUUGGAGCCACCGGUAAAAAGGUACUUCAAACCUUACCGGAAAAGUUGGAUUCAUCGGCCGAGUGGGAGCCAAUAUUAUCGGACAAUGGUAUACAUGUAAGGUUCAAGAGUCGGUACGGAGAAUAUCUGAGAGCAAACAAAGGUUUACCACCUUGGAGAAACUCUAUCACACACGAUAUUCCUAGCCGUCGUACGGUCACCCAAGAUUGGAUCUUGUGGAGUGUUGAUGUUCUCCAAAUUCGAGUUAUCGAAGAUGAUUCUGAUUCUUCCCAUACUUCUUCCACAUUUUCACGGAUCCAGUCAGGUGAUUCAUUUACUGUAACUUUACCACUAAAAUCCGAAGGAAGACUGAUAUAUUAUGAGAUCGGAGAUGAUUGUGGGAACAUAAAUAACGAUAGAGGGAAAAAAUCAUUGAUAUUCCAUGGAAGCGAGUUGACAGAAUUAAAGAAGAAACUAGAGGAAGAAACAGGGAUCGAAGAUGUUAUGGUUUGCUCUAGAAAUCCUUUGACUGAGAAGCUUUGUCCUCUUCAAUUGCAUCUUCCUCCAAAUAACGCUACAAUGCACAUCUUCAAUUCAUCGUUCCUUCUUCACUCGGUAUUGAGAAACGAUAGUUAA